AGCACAGAGAUUUUGACGGCAGGCGAGCGAUCCAGUUCUUCUUCCGCUCCAUCACCCUUUCACCCUACCCCCCAUCCCCGAUUUCAAUCCAACAACACACUCUGCAAAGAUGGCGGAAGAAGUUUAUGACGGUGCCAUCGGCAUUGAUCUUGGCACGACCUACUCGUGUGUCGCCAACUAUGAAGGCGCCGGCGUUGAAAUCAUCGCAAACGAGCAGGGAUCCUUCACCACCCCCUCCUUCGUGUCCUUUACUUCCGAAGAGCGCUUGAUCGGUGAGGCUGCCAAGAACCAGGCCGCCAUGAACCCCACCAACACCGUCUUCGACGUCAAGCGUCUCAUUGGACGCAGAUUCGAUGACCCCACCGUGAAGAAGGACAUCGAGUCCUGGCCGUUCAAGGUUGUGGAGGAGGGUGACAACCAGCCCAAAGUCCAGGUCGAGUACCUCGGUGAGAAGAAGACCUUCUCCCCUCAGGAGAUCUCGGCCAUGGUCCUCGGCAAGAUGAAAGAAGUUGCGGAAGUGAAGCUCGGCAAGAAGGUUGAGAAGGCGGUCAUCACCGUCCCGGCCUACUUCAACGACAACCAGAGACAAGCCACCAAGGAUGCUGGCGCAAUCGCCGGCCUCAACGUCCUCCGUAUCAUCAACGAGCCCACUGCUGCCGCCAUUGCGUACGGUCUCGGAGCCGGCAAGUCUGACAAGGAGCGCAACGUCCUCAUCUACGAUCUUGGUGGAGGCACCUUCGAUGUCUCUCUCUUGCACAUCCAGGGCGGUGUCUUCACCGUGAAGGCUACGGCCGGAGACACGCAUCUCGGCGGCCAGGACUUCGACACGAAUCUUCUCGAUCACUUCAAGAAGGAGUUCCAGAGGAAGACGAAGAAAGACAUCUCCAACGACCCUCGCGCCCUUCGUCGUCUGCGUACUGCCUGCGAGCGUGCGAAGCGAACUCUGUCCAACGCCACUCAGACCUCGGUCGAGAUCGAUUCCCUCUACGACGGUGAGGACUUCAAUGCCUCCAUCACCCGUGCGCGUUUCGAAGACAUCAACGGCAAGGCCUUCUCCGGCACGAUCCAGCCGGUCGAGCAGGUCUUGAAGGAUGCGAACAUCGAGAAGAGCAAGGUCGACGAGAUUGUGUUGGUUGGUGGCAGCACCCGUAUUCCCCGGAUACAGAAGCUCCUCAGCGAUUUCUUCAACGGCAAGAAGUUGGAGAAGAGCAUCAACCCCGACGAGGCUGUGGCGUACGGUGCGGCCGUGCAAGCCGGUGUUCUGUCUGGCAAGGCUCAAUCUGCUGACGUCGAGGACCUCCUCCUCCUGGAUGUCGUCCCUCUCUCGCUCGGUGUUGCUAUGGAGGGCAACAUCUUCGCGCCUGUGGUCCCUCGCGGAACUACCGUCCCAUCCUUGAAGAAGAGGACCUUCACAACUGUUCAAGACGGACAACAAACCGUGCAAUUCCCGGUCUUCCAGGGCGAGCGUGUCGACUGUGCCAGCAACACGAGCUUGGGAGAGUUCACUCUCGCUCCGAUCCCCGCCAUGCGUGCUGGAGAGGCCGUCUUGGAAGUUGUGUUCGAAGUUGACGUCAACGGUAUCCUCAAGGUCACUGCCACGGAGAAGUCGUCUGGACGCAGUGCCAACAUCACCAUCUCCAACUCUGUCGGCAAGCUCAGCACCGCGGAGAUUGACAAGAUGGUGGAGGAUGCGGAGAAGUUCAAGACCAGCGACGAUGCGUUCAGUAAGAAGUUCGAGGCCCGCCAGGCGCUGGAGAGCUACAUCAGCCGCGUGGAGGAGAUUGUCAGCGACCCGUCGAUGUCCUUGAAGCUCAAGCGUGGCCAGAAGGAGAAGAUCGAGAGCGCGCUCUCCGAUGCCAUGGCCCAGCUGGAGAUCGAGGAUGCGGGCAGCGACGAUCUGAAGAAGAAGGAGUUGGCGUUGAAGCGUGUGGUGACCAAGGCCAUGGCCACGCGCUAAGCAUUGUCUUCCGAACAUCGGUCGUCAGUAGACAAGCAACGGGUCAGUGUCUCUUCGCCUUACGCGACUUGGAUGCGUGGGGCAAAGGACAGAGCAAAAAGCAGCAUGGUGUUUUUCGUGUUUGUGUGUAGGGUAGCUAGGAAUGCAUUCCAACGGCGCUCGAGACGUUGGUGAUUGACAACGUGCGCGUCGUGCAAUCGAUACCUAAGUCUCCUUCUCAAUUGAUGCCGUAAGGUGAGGUGAGUUGAUUGAGGUGAAGUGCGAUCCUCCAAUGAACGGGCCGCAUCGCUUUCACAUGGCUGAUGUCACCCCUCACUUACACGUGCAAUUAAUUUCAUGUCCAUGG